AUGAACCGUCCAGCCGAGGCUGUUCAACCAGGGCUUGAAGUAAGCACACACUACGACAACACUCCUAUAGCUAUCGCCAAUGGAGCAAGUCACUGGCAAUCUUCCUCACAAAACGGCUCGGGAUACAGUGAGCACAAGACGUUGGACAAUGGCUACUCCUCGCAAGCCCCUGGAAGCCAUGUUGGAGGACAGGAGGAUCAGCGGCCGGGUCGGCGAUUCCCGUGGUGUAUCGCAAUCACGGUGGCUCUAGUCGUUUUGAUUCUUGGAGGUGUCAUCGGCGGCGUGGCUGCAUGGAGGGUGACGGUGAACCGGAGCGCACAAUCACAAACGGGUGGUCCGGGAUCGGUAAACGGCGAUGCGCCAUCGACGAGCGCUACUAAGAUUAUGCAGAACUCGGCUGUAUCUGCUGUCGGAUGGCGAUACGGUUCCGACAUCACCCUGCAAGUCUUCUUCCAGGGCGCAGACGGUUCAUUGAGACGGUCUCAAUACAUGACCAUCUAUCAAGCCUGGACUCCCCCGAUGGAAGCUGGGGCGGCCCCCAAAGUGGGCUCUCCUUUCGGCGCCGGUCAGCUAUGGACCAAGCCCGAUGAGCCCUUGCCUGUAAUCCCGCAGUCCGAAGUGUUCUAUCUUGGAUCGCCAGACAAGAUUCUCGGCGUCAAUUGGCGUGAAGGUUUCUCGAGAGGGGGCCUGACAGACAGCGUCAAUGAGGCAGGUUACACCAUCAGCAACACGGGAACACAGAUGGCAUCAUACUGGCCGUCCACCAUUAUCCAGGCAAGCAACGGAGACGUCAUGGAGGUUUUUUUCGAUUACAAGUCGCCCAGGUUCCAAGAGCCCAAGAUAGUUGGGGUCACGGCGUCUCCGGGCUCGGGACUGGUGAUUCUUCCUCGAGAAGUAAUCCACUCAGCUGGAGACCUGACAUCCGCAUCAAGCGCACGCAUCAUAUACCGUAGCACCGACGGUCAUCUACAAAACUAUGAUCGAUCAUCUGGUGGCCAGCAGCUCACCUCGACGGGCCAGCUACCGGUGACUGUCGACUCGAACUUUACCAUGGCUGGCUUCGCGGUAGCUCGGCUUGAUUCUAGCGGCCAAAAAUCAGAGGCCCUCAACACAUGGGUCCUGUACCAGGACUCCAAGACUGGCAAGAUAUCCUACGUGUAUGAGGACGACACGACAGGGUGGAAAGGGCCAGAGUCGGAUUCCGUCUUCGAUGGUGCUGACAAUCCAACACAUAUCGCCUGCGUCACAGCUGCGUCGGCAAAGAUUCCGGAGGUGCCUCUGGAAGCAUCGCAUGACCUCAGUCAUUGCUUCUUCCAAGCGAACCGGCAGCUGAAGCACGUCCACUUUGAUGGCAGCAAGUGGGCAGAUAUGGGGUUCCUCCCAAUACCAUGA